AUGGAUCCACGCGACUUCCAUCUUCUAGCACUCUACGAAUUCAAGUUAGGCCACGAAGCAGCGGAUGCUGCUCGCAGUUUACAACGAAUUUUCGGUGAAACCGCACCGCAAGAGAAGACCGUACGGGAAUGGUUCACGAGAUUUCUUGCCGGUGAUGAUAAGCCCGAAGAUGCGAAACGCACUUCGAGAUCCUCAAGUCCAGGUUCUAUUCCUGUACGAUUAGACGAUUUCGUUAAAAAGUUGAUGGAACCGCAACCAGGAAAAUCCUGGUCAGAUGUUGUGAAAGAGGUCGGCUCCAUGUAUAAUAGUAUGUGGAAUCAUACAAGUACGAGAAGGAAAAAAUCCGAUCAACCUUCACCUCAGGAGUCAACUGAGCGUUACUUGAUAACUCGUCUUGAGUUAUGCUCAUCGUUACUUCUAAGAAAUAAAGACGAACCGUUCACGGAAAGGAUUUUCACCUGUGGCGAAAAAUGGCUCUCGUACGAUAGCAGAAAAAGGGCAUCAGAAUGGUUGGAUCCAGAUGAACCAUCCCAGUCCACAUCAGAGUCGAACGUACAUCCCCAGAACAGGAUUAUGGUCACUGUUUGGUGGUCUCCAGGCGGUCUAAUCCACUAUCGAUUCCUGAAUCCUGGUCAAGGAAUCACUACAGAGUCAUUCAACAGCGAAUUGGAACUAGCUCAUCAAAAAAUGCAAACACAACAACCGGCACCAUCAAAUAGGAAAAAUCCUAUUUUUCUAUACGAUGCAUCCAGGGCACACGUUGAUAGCACGACUUUGAAAAAAUUGUACGAGCUUGGUGUCGAGGUGCUGCCUCAUCCGUCACAUUCACCUGAUCUCUUGCCCACAGAAUUUCAUUUUUUUCAUGCUUUGGACAAAUUUAUUAAAGAAAAACGCUUCCGGGAUGAAGAUGAGCCUAAAGAGGCUUUUAAACAAUUUCUUGAUUCUCUAGAUACUGAUUUCUAUGCAGAUGGGAUGAAAGCACUUGUUUCACGUUGGGAGAAGUGUAUUGAGCAUAAUGGCGCUUAUAUUUAA